UUUCAUGUCAGUGUUUGAUACACACCACUUUAUAGUAAGCAGCAAGAACUAUACAACAGUCCACUGUGUGACAUUAAUCUCUCUUUUUCCUUAAAAGUAAAAAAAGACCUUAUUUUGAUUCUUCCUCUGGACACUUGAAACCCACAUCUUCUAUAAACUUCUCAAUUCUCAUGUGCUGAGAAAGAAACCAAAAACACAAGUAAAGAAAAAAGAAGGAAAAACUGUGCCAAAGGCAAACAUGAGACAUCUUCUUUACAUUUUCUUCUUCAUUGCCUUUCUCGGUUUUGCAGAAGCUGGUCAAGAAUCCACACAGAUCGAAGCUCUAAAUCUGCAUCACAAAUUCCUUCAAUUUCCUCAGGCUACUGAUCUUGAUCUUGCUGUUUCAGAGAGCGACAACAAAACCAUUACCGAGAUUUCCUCUAGUAUCAUCAAAGCUGAAACUUGGCUUAAAACUCAUGUCCUCUCUCGUUACCCUUCCAUCAAAAUCACCACCAUUGUUGUUUUUUUCCCUUAUACUUGCCAAACCACACAGCACAAACCCAGCUUCGAUCUAGCUCUAUCUUCUUUGAAAAACAUUUACCACUCUCUCAAAAGAUGGGGUCUUGAGAAGGACAUCAAAGUAUCCUCUGGCUUCCCUUACCAGUGCUUAAACAACCCGAAAAGCUCAGAAAUGUUCAAGCCCGUUCUCAUCUUCCUCAAAACCAUAAACUCCACUUUCACCAUAAACCCACCUCAAAGUUUCCUUUCUUCACCUGAGAACCAUCUAGAUUUGCUUCAUUCCGUGGAAAAGUUCGGAUCUUUGAGCUUCAACAAAGUCAAUUUCUUAAACCCUGAACCAGAAGAAGCAACUACAAGAAGAAAUCUGAGAUCUUUAAUCAGCAUUAGCAACAAAUUCACAGUCUCUUUCCCAACAUUACCCUCUCCAUCACCAGAAAACUCACCAAUUCACUCCUCAAUCGGAUCUUCGUCUCCACCAACAGUGCCCUAUUUCCCUGAAUCUCCACAAUAUCCGCCGGAGCAAUCUCCGGUUUCCUCUCCUCCUCCCCAAUUUCCGCCCCAACCGUAUCAAGGGGCUUCUCUUCCGCCAUGCCUUCCUUCUCACUGGGCGCCGUCUCCAUCUCCGGUGAAGAAGAAAGACGUGGAAGGGCUAUGGUGCGUGGCGAAACCGAGCGUAGCGGCAGAGACAUUGCAACAGUCUUUGGACUUUGCGUGUGGACAAGGAGGAGCCAAUUGCGAUGAGAUCAAACCCCACGGGAUAUGUUACUAUCCAGACACAGUCAUGGCUCAUGCAUCUUACGCUUUCAACAGUUACUGGCAAAAGACUAAACGAAACGGAGGCACUUGCUCUUUCGGUGGAACCGCCAUGCUUAUCACAACUGACCCAAGUUAUCAGCAUUGCCGGUUUAUUCUAAGUUGAGAUUUGUCAGCCAUGGAAGGGCUGGACUGUGAAACCACGGAACCAAGAAGAAGAAUAAUAAUUUUAAUUUCUAGUGAUCUCUCUAGUUUUGUUAAUUUAAACAUCGUUACUAGACUCUGUUAACCAUUAUUUAGGGUUCAUCAAGCUGUUAUUGUUAAAGGGCUUUGUUACUAUUAAUUAUUGAUACUUUAAGCCGUUAUUCGGCCCAGUUAUUACUGU